AUGUACUUUGAUGGGGCCAUGAAUAAAAGCGGAGCCGGUAUAGGGGUAGUUUUGGAAGCACCGAAUGGAGAACAAUUGUUAAUGUCAAAAAGGCUAUGUUUCCCAACCACUAAUAAUAUUGCAGAAUAUGAGGCUUGCAUUUGUGGCCUAGAGGCAUUAAUAGCUAUUGGGGCUAAAAAAGUGGAGGUGUUUGGAGAUUCAAUGCUAGUAGUUUCCCAUAUUAAAGGUGAAUGGGAAUUGAAAGAAGAAAAGUUGAGGCCAUACCUGGAGUAUGCUAAGAAACUAUUAUUUAGCUUUAAGGAAGUGACAAUGAAGCACAUGCCUAGAGCUCAGAACCAGAUGGCUGAUGCUCUAGCCACGAUAGCAUCCUUAUGGGAGAAGGGUGAUCAGAAGUUGACCCAGCCAGUUAUACUGAUGAGGAGUAGAAUCCCAUGCUAUGAAGGGUUAAUAAUAGCACAUUUAGAUCUAGAAGAUGAGAUGAAAUGGUAUGAGGACAUAAGAAGAUAUUUAGAGGUAAGAGAAUACCCACAGUCAGCCAAUAGUAGGGAUAGAGCUACAAUUCGUAGAUUAGCCACUCAGUUCACUUUGGCUGGGGGGCAACUCUACAAAAGGUUCUUUGAAGGACUAUUGCUCUUAUGUGUGACAAAAAAGCAGUCUGAGCAGAUAAUGGAGGAAGUACAUGCAGGAGUGUGUGGUCCUCACAUGAACGAAAGGCAUGCAAUCAGAGAGAAGGUUUGUCUUAUGAAGAGGGAGAUGUCAAAGACGGCCCAAGAUGUGACAGUGGUACAGAAACAACUCUCUAUUGCAAAUGUUGAACAAGAGAGAGAGGAGGGAGCGAAUGUUGAAAAUGUAACUGAAGAUCGGGUUGGGGAAGGCCCUCCCGCUGAAUGA